CGCGGGACACUGCGGCGCGUGUGAAGCCGGGCGGAGGCCUCCUCGAACCAAACACCAGCGCUCUCAGCCCCAGCAGAGAGGAGGAGGCCGGCCAAAGGGUCGCAGUGCUGUGAUUUCAGGCAUCCUCAGCCCUCCUGCAGCCCCGUGUGCCCACCUGCCACUCUCAGGGGACACUGUGGGCAGUAGAGCACGAUGUUCCUGGUGGGACUCUCGGGUGGGAUUGCAUCUGGGAAGAGCACGGUGGUGGCCGUGCUGCGGGAGCUGGGCUGUGCCGUGAUCGAUGCCGAUGUUAUUGCCAGGCAGGUGGUGCAGCCCCACUCAAAGGCCCAUCAGCAGAUCCUGCAGCACUUUGGCACCGAGAUCCUCCUGGAGAACGGCGAGAUAAAUCGCGAGGCUCUCGGAAGCAUUAUCUUCUCCCAGCCAGAGAAACGGCGGCUGCUGAACUCCAUCACCCACCCUGAGAUCCUGAAGGAGAUGCUGAAGCAGGUCCUGAAGUACUUUGUACUUGGCUACCGCUAUGUGAUCCUUGACAUCCCUCUGCUCUUCGAGACCCGUGGAUUGACCAGGUUUAUGAAAUACACGGUGCUGGUUUAUUGCAGUGACCGCCCAACACAGCUGGCGCGGCUGAUGAAGAGGAGCGGCUUGGGCGCAGCCGAGGCCGAAGCUCGGAUCAGCUCCCAGCUGCCCCUGGAGGAGAAGCGCAGGUGGGCGUCCCACGUCAUCAACAACUCCGGGGACUGGGAGAGCACGCGCCGGCAGGUCCUGCAGCUGCACACCCGCCUCGAGGAUUCCCUGGAUUUCCUCUGGGCACGGCUGGCGGUGGGCACGGCUGUUGCCGGGCUCGGAGGGCUGGUGUUCCUCCUCAUCCGGCAUUUCAUCUCUUAAUUCACCUUUCCCUACCAGUCAGGGAAGGGGCCUGAAUUUCCCUGUUUGAAAAGGGCAGUGAAAGGCCACCUCUGUUAAUGAGCUUUGCCAGCUGAAUGCAGACAGCGGCAUGAGGUGUCUCCUUGCACACUUCCCAAGGUGAACGCAGCCAGAGGUUUUUUCAGGCACAUUCUCCCUGCUCAGGUUCUCACCCACCAGCCGUGCCUGUGGGAUGACACCCUUGUCCCCAGUGGGUCUCUAUUGUGGGACUUCAGUGAGCUGAGGCACUUUAAUCUGGGACGAUGUCACUUUAAUCGGGUACAAUCUCACUUUCAUGUCUUCCAGGACAAUCUUCUCAAUACGGCUGGGUGACUUGUCAAGCCCUGUUAUUGCCUCCAGUGUCUCUUGGGUGAUUCCUCAUAGCUCCUAAUCCAAAUUUAUAUUUGGGAUUUUCCCUCUUUCAUGUUGAUUUAAUGGAAACUUGUUAAAUCAGCAAGGGGGAGGAUAGCACCUUGUUUACAUGGAUUGGGCGUUCAGCUAGCUGCUCCUCCCCCCUGCCCUCUGCUUCUGUGUCCAUCACUUGUGGGUCACCCUUGGCUUUGGAUCCAAGGCUCUGAUCCACCCUGGAGCAGGCUGAGAUCUGGGCUCUGCCUCAUUCAAACUCAUUUCCUGCUGUUUGAGCUUCCUUUGGCAGCAGUUUCCCGGUGGGAGAGCUGAGCCUGGGCGAGGCGGGUGCUGGCUCUUCACUUUUGUUUUAAUAAAACACUGAACAGCAGCUGCUCCGCA